CCUUCGUCCAUCACAUCCCCACCCGUUGUUUGUUCAUUGAUUUGCUUCUCAGCGCCAUCGACACCCGCCGCCUAUUCGACAAAAUGCCUACAAGCAAGAAGCGCAAGAGUGUGCCGCCGGUGAGCGCCAUGGACCACAUCAGCGCCCUCCCUGAUCAUAUACUCCACCACAUGCUCUCCUUCCUCCCAGCUCAGCUGGCCGUGCAGACUUGCGUGCUCGCCCGGCGCUGGCGCCACCUCUGGAGAUCUAACACAGGCCUGCGCAUCCAUGGCCUUGACAAUGAGAAUUCAGUCAAAGUCAAAGACCUCCGGAAGUUCGUGGACCAUCUGCUGAUCCUGCGUGAGCGUGCCCACCUAGAUACUGUUCAGAUCGCUUUCAAUGAAUACGACGAUGAUGACCUGCCCGAUGUGAACCUAUGGAUCCGUUUUGCUGUGAUGUGCAAAGUUUGGGUGCUCACCCUUCAUAUCCUUCAGGGUUUCUACCUCGACCUGGAUGACCUGCGUCUUGUCUCUCGGCAUCUGGUAACAUUGGAUCUUCUUGGUGUAGCUCUACAAAAGACAUCUCUUGAUUUUACUAGCUGUUCAGCAUUGGAGGAUCUGAAGAUGAAUGAGUGCAAGAUCACUGCUGAUAGGAUAUCGUCUCAUUCACUUAAGCAUUUAAGCAUCAGUUAUUGCUAUUCUGACUCAAUUCGCCGGGUCCGUAUUUCUGCUCCAGGCCUUGUCUCUCUAAAACUACAAGACUUUAUUGGUAUAACCCCUUUUCUUGAAGACAUGCCGCUGCUACAGGCUGCAUAUGUGAAUCUUGGCAGUGAAUGCAUGGAUUUCUGUUUGAAUUAUGACUAUGGUGUUUCCUAUGGAGCUAAUAAUAAUACAUGUGAGAAUUGUGUUCCUAUCAACAAUGAUUGCAGCAGGGAAUGUGUGAUUCUGAGUGGUAUCUCGAAUGCUAAACAUCUGGAGUUGAUAUCUGAAUUUGGAAUGUUCAUUUUCAGAAGAGAUUUGAACCACUGCCCUACAUUUAGCAAGUUAAGGACUUUAUUGCUCAAUGAGUACUGGUGCGAGACUCGUGAAUUGGAUCGACUAGCUUGCAUUCUGAAAAAUUCACCAGUUCUAGAGAAGCUCACUCUUCAACUUUUUUCCAAGGGACCAAAUCAUAAAGUGGAAAUUAAAGGAAGCUACAGUUCAGUGGAGAAAUCUUCUGCAAUAUCAAAGCACCUUAACAUAGUCGAAGUCAAGUGUGAUGAGAUUGACGAGAGAAUCCUCAAUGUUUUGAAAUUUCUGUAUGCAUUUAACAUAUGGUUCAGUUUCGUGUAAGGGUCAGAAGAUCUGGGUUGCCAGUGGAUCUGCCAUCUCUUGACUAUUCAUAAAGUCAAGGCUGAAGCAUAUAUGCUGCUACAAUGUUUCUGCCAAUUCGUUGUUUCUGCGUCUUAUGCCAAUUCUACCCAGAGGAACGGUGUAGAAUCUGCGGCAUAUAAAUUAUGAACUCUAGACAAUGUAGCCGGACUUGGUUUUGUUGUAUCCUGUAAUUCCUGUUGCACUUUGGUUGAUGAUGCUGAAUUUAGUCAGCUGUUUGACUGGUUACUGCUCUCCUAGCAUUUCCUUUUGGCUUCGGCGUACUAGUUCUUGUGAUUUGAGACCCAUUUGUUAUGUAUCCUUUUCCAAGAUUUGGACCUGUGAAAAAAUUAAACAUGAGGUGUUA